UUUAAUUCAAAUAUUGACAUGGGCGACAUCUUGCCAAUUCAAUCUCGUAAAGUUCUAUGUCUUUCUGCAAACCCUUUCAAAACAUAGGACUGUCAAAAUAUUGUGUGAACAACAUAAACAAGAUGCGUUUUUGUUUGACAUCGCAUUGAAUUUGUCUUUAUUCGCCAGAUAAUUUUGAUAGUAGAUAUGUUUGUCGCACGAAAAACCGUACAAAAAUAUCUACAAUUCCAUAAAAAUAUUUUUAUCCGGCCUGUCAGUUACGUACAGGGUCAGAAACAUGAUAACAAAAUCCGCGAAUAUUUUUACUACAUCGACCAUAACGGAAUGUUGUUCUUAGAUGAUGCCAAAAUGAAGAACUUCACGUCAUGCUUCAAGGACAAAAAGUUUUUGCAAUUUUUUUUCCAUAGACUUCGGACCAAUGAAACGGGUCGCUAUCAGGAAGAUUUUCCGUAUUUGUCCAUUUGCGGCCGGGAGAGAAACUACAUUUGCUGUGAUGACUUACCAAUUGUGUACACUCAUGUAUUGACUGCUUCUGAUGACCAGAGACAACUGUUAUCCUAUGCCCAUGCCGGUGAUUUACUCACGUUUCCAUUCGAACCCGAUAAAAUAUUUAUGUCGCCAACAUCAGGCCGUGUUUAUCAUCCCACAGAGAUCAAUGGGUCCAGGUCGAUUGGCUUGAUCAGAUCGAAAUUAGCAAUUGAAUUCAGUAAAUACUUUGAAUUCGGCGCCGAUGAUGAUCAAUCGCCGACUCAUUUUACUUGGAACGGUGUGAGAUAUAGUUUGAAUAGCGAUUGGAUGUCGAUCAUACCAAUAUCACGGCAAUGAUACACAGAGUUUUCCGAAUUUGUUUUUCAAUUUUAUUUUAAUUUGUCAGUGGAAAUAAAUUAGCAAUUUUUG